CUAUAAUUUCUCCUUUUGUUUUCCAAAAGGAAAAAGAAGUGCAUAGAUAAACUGAAGACUGUCAUUUUGGUGAACUAUUUCUUUAAGAGAGACUCUUAUGAACUAUACUCUACAGUGGUUUGUUUUGCUCUGAAAAUGCAAGGGCAGGGUCCACCAUUUAUCGUCUUAUCUGUUAUCACGCUUUCAUAUUGUAGCAGGGCAGAUUAUCUAGAAAGUUAAGGUGAUCUCUAUUCUCACAAACAGAAACUCAGGCACACGAUUGCUUUAAUUCUAGUUUUACCAGUUGUACCUUAGUUGCACAGGUCCAAGGUGUAGGCGUUCAGGUUUAACCAUGUUAUGUUAACAUGUUUAGGGAUUACACAGUCAUGCAUCGCUUGAUCUGGCUGGCUAAUUAAACGUAUAGAUGAUUAGUUUGGAGUAGGCUGUUUGAUUUCUUCUUCUUAAUGGACAAGCACACAUCUUCUGUGGACAUCUGGCUUUCUCGUCUGUUUUAUGGCGGUGGGGAAGGCUCUCUGGACAGGCUCCUCCCAUCCGUCAGCACCAGCCUGUCUCCACGCAAGCGGACCACCAGCCAGUGCAAAUCAGAGCCUCCGCUGCUGCGGACCAGUAAGAGGACCAUCUACACCGCCGGACGCCCACCCUGGUACAAUGAACACGGCACCCAGUCCAAAGAUGCUUUUGUUAUCGGGCUUUGUGGAGGCAGUGCCUCAGGCAAAACAACAGUUGCUCGUAAAAUUAUCGAGGCCUUGGAUGUUCCUUGGGUGGUUCUUCUGUCAAUGGAUUCCUUCUACAAGGUUCUGACGGCCGAACAGCAGCUGCUCGCUGCUAAUAACGAUUACAACUUUGACCAUCCAGACGCCUUUGAUUUCAUCCUGCUGGUGCACACUCUCCGCAAACUCAAGCAGGGCAAGAGCGUGAAGAUCCCGGUGUAUGACUUCACCACACACGGACGGCAGAAAGUAUGGAAAACGGUGUAUGGGGCGAGCGUCAUCAUAUUUGAGGGCAUCAUGUCCUUUGCAGAUAAAGAGCUGCUGAAGCUGCUGGACAUGAAGAUCUUCGUGGACACCGAUUCUGACAUCCGGCUGGUACGGAGGCUCAGGAGGGACAUCACCGAGCGCGGCCGGGACAUCGAUGGAGUGAUCAAACAGUACAACAAGUUUGUGAAGCCAGCCUUUGAGCAGUACAUCGAGCCCACCAUGAGACUGGCAGAUAUCGUGGUGCCUCGGGGUGGCGGCAACAUGGUGGCCAUUGAUCUUAUAGUGCAGCACGUCCACAGUCAGCUGGAGGAGAGAAAGCUCCGCUGGGAUAUGGCGGCCCUGGCAUCUGCCCAUCAGGCCCAGCCCCUUCCACAGACCCUCAGUGUUCUGGAGAGUACUCCGCAGGUCCGGGGCAUGCACACCAUCAUCAGAAAUAAAGAGACCAGUCGAGACGAGUUCAUCUUCUACUCUAAGAGGUUAAUGCGUCUCCUCAUCGAGAGAGCGCUGUCCUUCCUUCCAUCUCAGGUUCACAUUGUUCAGACCCCACAGGGAGAAGAUUACGAGGGCCGGACCUUUCAUGGGAAGAGGAUUACGGGCGUGUCGAUUCUCAGGGCGGGAGAGACCAUGGAGCCCGCGCUUAGAGCUGUGUGCAAAGACGUCCGCAUCGGCAAAAUCCUCAUCCAGACCAAUCAGGACACAGGAGAGCCGGAGUUGCACUAUUUGCGUCUGCCCAAAGACAUCAGCGAGGAUCACGUGAUUCUGAUGGACUGCACCGUGUCCACCGGAGCGGCAGCCAUGAUGGCCAUCAGAGUGUUACUCGAUCAUGAUGUUCCGGAAGAUAAGAUCUUGCUGGUGUCUCUGCUGAUGGCUGAGAUGGGUGUCCAUUCUGUGGCCUACGCCUUCCCUCAGGUCAAAAUCAUCACCACCGCCGUCGACAAGAAGGUCAACGACCUGUUCCACAUCAUCCCCGGCAUAGGAAAUUUUGGGGAUCGUUAUUUUGGCACGGAUGCGCCUCCAGACUGGAGCGAUGAUGACAUGGAUGAGCCCAGCUGCUGAUCAUCAUCUCACGCCGGAUAUUUGUACAUUAUAAAAUAUUUUUAUACUUUUUGGCACUCCCCAAACUGAAAUGUUUCCUGUGCAGUUUUUAUUUGUGAAGGUUUAUUGAGGUGUUUUUUUAUGCGAGUUAUUUAAUAAUAUUUACUGUCUUCUAAGGUGUGUUAUGUUUGAUCUUGAAGCACAUGUAGUUGAUUUAUCGCCUUGCGUGUCUGCCGUCUCUUUUGGAAUCUGAUGUGUAGUAUUUUUGGCACGCGUGUGUGUGCUUUGUCAUGGCAAACAGCGUGUCAUUUUUAUUAUCGUACUCGGUUUCAUGCAGCAGUCGAGCUUUCAGAGGGUAAAGUAAGACUCAAAGCGCUGUCUUGCUACACUUAGACAGUGAAUUUCUUUGAAGGACCACUUCGUCGGAAAAAAUGUGUGGGCGCUGCAUAGUUUUAAUCUUUGUUUUCUCUCUCGCUUUACCUGCAGACGGCUGCUGACCAAACCACACGCUGUAAACAAUUACACUUUCACAACUGAGCAAUGCAUAACAGGGUUUUUUUUUUACUAUUUUCGGAUGAUGUUGCGCUGAAUUGAAGGGUUUAUCUGUUUAUCAAACAUAAACAUGAAGGAGCAGCUCCGGUUCAAUUGUAGAUAGGAUCUGUAUUAUAGAUCAUCUGUAAUCAGCAGCCAUUCAUUUUUAGGAAAAAUGACACAUUCUGCGA